AACGAAAAACGGUCCAUAUCCUUGAAGGUUUGCCAUCCUAGUCUCCGUCGUUUAUCGGCUUAAACCCUACCUCCCUAAACCCCAUUUUCCACUGUGCAAGAAACCCAGACACCAUGUCCCUGAUCCGCAAAUUCCCAAUCAAAACCCUUCAAUUCCGACACAUUCUCACCCUCUCCAACCUAUUCUCCACAUCCGCAAACCCCAACCCACCCUCGAACCGGCCCGCCACGGCCCACUACGACGAAAUGGUCAACGCGGCGGGCCGGUCCGGCAACUACGACGAGCUCAGGCGACUACUCAACAGGCGCGUGAAGGACGGCUGUUACAACACCACCAGUACCUUCAACUUCGUCACCGUUGGCGACGACUCAAUCUCCGCCGUCGGCCGCCUCUGCGAAACCCUAGCCCGCCUCGACAAGGGCUACGUCAUGAAGGGUGCGUUCGACGCGCUCGUGGCGCGGCUGUGCAAGAUCGCCCGUAUCGACGAGUCGCGCCUCGUGAUUGAGGCCAUGGCGCCUGCGAACUGCGGGUUGGACGCGCGCACUUUCCACCCAGUGAUCAAGGGGCUUACGAGGAAGAACCAAGUCGACGUCGCGUGGCGCGUGGUGGAUGUGAUGAGAGAACGCGGUGUCUCGCCGGACACGGAGAUCUAUAACCGCUUUCUGACGAUGCAUUGCGGCGCCGGAGACGUGGAGGCGGCGGCGGCUGUGCUGGAAAGGAUGGUGAAGGUGGGGUUGAAGCCGAACGGGCGUACGUGCGACGCGCUGGUGAUGGGCGCGUGUAGGGCGGGGAAGGUGGAGGGGGCUCUGGUCCUGCUGAGGAGGAUGGAGGACGAUGGAGUGCCGAUGCUGCUGUCCACGCGCUUGUACGUCGUGGACGCGCUCUUGAGCUUGGGAUAUUACGACCAGGCGGUGAGGUUUGUGAGGGUUUAUGGAGGGAGGGACACGUGGCUUGAUGCGGAGAGUUUCGGGUGUUUGGCGAUCCGGCUCGUAAAGCUGAAUCGGACGGACGAGGCGAGAAUGGUUUUGGAAGAGAUGAAAACAAGAGGACUUGAGAUGCGCCAUGCAUUGAAGUCUUUGUUAAAAUACGUAGAAACAUCAGAAAAUUGAACACUUUUUGUGAUUAU